AUGAGUAGUGAUCCACUGGGAAGGAGACGCACGAGUAUCAUGAACAGUACUGUGCCAAAGAAGAGGGGCAACAUGCGUGUCAAGGCGUUCCCGUCUCGCACUGACGAGAAGUUUGUCGACAACACCUGGGCGAUGCUGAAAAAUGCCAUACAGGAAAUACACAAAAAAAACAACUCGUGCUUGAGCUUCGAAGAGCUGUACCGCAACGCAUACACAAUGAUACUGUUGAAGCACGGUGAACGCUUAUACAACGGCAUGAGGGACACGGUGUCUACCCACUUGGAGAUGAAGGUGCGCGAAGACGUACUCACUGCAUUAAACAACAACUUCCUGCAAACCCUGGACGAGUGUUGGAGGGACCAUCAAACAUCAAUGGUCAUGAUUAGAGACAUCCUCAUGUACAUGGACAAGGUGUAUGUGAAGAAUAACGAAGUUGACAGUGUUUAUAAUCUCGGACUCGUACUUUUUCGUGACAUAAUUGUGCGGCAUGACCGCGUACGAGAUCACUUACGUGAGACAUUGUUGAGCAUGGUGAUGAAAGAAAGGAACGGUGAAGUGAUAGACCGUAUCGCAUUAAAGAACGCCUGUCAAAUGCUUAUGAUAUUAGGUAUACAAAAUAGAUUAGUUUAUCAAGAAGAUUUUGAACGCCCGUUCCUUGCUCAGUCUAGUGAAUUUUACAAUGUUGAAAGUCAAAUGCUUUUGGCUGAAAACAGUGCUUCCAUUUAUAUUAAAAAAGCUGAAUCUCGGAUAAAUGAAGAAGCUGAACGAGCUAAAAAUUACCUAGAUGUUUCUACAGAAAGUCGUGUAAUUCAAGUAGUUGAAGAAGAGCUAAUUAAAAAGCAUAUGAAGACUAUUGUCGAAAUGGAAAACUCUGGAUUUGUUUUCAUGUUAAAGAAUCAGAGAACAAAAGAUCUGGCUUGUAUGUAUAAGCUACUGAGCAAUUUGUCUGACGGUUUAAAAACCAUGUCCGAUUGCUUAAGUAAGUAUUUACGAGAAGAAGGCCGAUCAUUAGUCAAAGAAGAUGAGACUGAUUUAAAUCCCGUCACAUAUGUACAAAGCUUAUUAGAUCUCAAAGACAAAUUGGAUUAUUUUUUGUAUAAUUCAUUUGCAAGUGAUAAAAUGUUUAAACAAACAAUAUCUUCGGACUUUGAACAUUUUCUAAAUCUUAACCCAAAGUCUCCUGAAUAUAUGUCAUUAUUUAUUGAUGACAAAUUGAAAAAAGGAGUCCGCGGUAUUGAUGAAAAUGAUCUAGAACCUGUGCUAGACAAAGCCAUGGUCUUGUUCCGAUUUUUACAGGACAAGGACGUUUUUGAAACAUACUACAAACAACAUUUAGCUAAAAGAUUGUUGUUGAACAAAUCUGUGAGUGAUGAUAAUGAGAAAAAUAUGAUCUCAAAAUUAAAAACUGAAUGUGGAUGUCAAUUUACUUCCAAACUAGAAGGUAUGUUUAAAGACAUGUCUUUGUCAAACACCAUUAUGGAAUCAUUCAAACUGUACCUGUCCAAUUCGCCAGCAUCCAAUUGCAACAAUAUUGAUUUAUCAGUUCGUGUUCUAACUACUGGAUUUUGGCCAUUACCAACAACUACUCCGAAGUGUAAUGUACCAAGCAUAGCGCGUUUGGCAUAUGAAGAAUUCAGAACUUUUUAUUUGGGUAAACAUAAUGGUAGACAACUUCGUCUUCAGCCACAAUUAGGUUCUGCAGACUUAACUGCUAUUUUCAAUGACAACCGUAGAGAGAAUAGUGCAACGUCUGUAAUAAGUUCAAAUGGAAGUGGUAGUACUGUUGUUUCUACAUCUUCUAACUCUGGUACCAGUGUGAACAAUGCUAAUUCGUCUACACGUAAGCAUAUUUUCCAAGUGUCAACUUAUCAAAUGGCAAUAUUGAUGCUGUUUAAUAGUUAUGAAAAGAUGACGAUGGAAAUGAUAAUGAAUGAAACCGACAUAAAUGAAAAAGACUUGACUAGGGCAUUACAAUCUUUGGCAAUGGGAAAACCAUCACAAAGGGUGUUGUUGAAAAGUCCCAAAACAAAAGAGAUCGAGCCUCAUCACGAGUUUUCUAUCAACGAGUCUUAUACUUCAAAAUUGUAUCGUGUUAAAAUCCAGUCAAUCACUACCAAAGGAGAAAAUGAGCCAGAGCGGAGGAAGACUAAAGACAAAGUUGAAGAAGAUCGAAAACAUGAAAUAGAAGCAGCACUCGUACGCAUUAUGAAAGCUCGUAAAAAGUUAACACACAAUACACUUAUUAUGGAGGUAACUGAACAAUUAAGAUCGAGGUUUAUGCCUUCACCCGUUCUUAUUAAGAAGCGUAUUGAAUGCUUAAUCGAAAGAGAGUAUUUAGCACGUACACCAGAAGACCGAAAUACUUACAAUUAUGUUGCAUAA